AUGUCCUUCACUGGAAAAUAUGAAGUUGAAUCCCAGGAGAACUAUGAAGCAUUCAUGAAACUUAUUGGUGUCCCUGCUGACAAAAUUGAAAAGGGAAAGAAUUUUAAAUAUACCACAGAAGUAGUCCAGAAUGGAAAUGAGUUCACCUGGUCUCAAAUCUAUCCAGGACAUACAACUACCAAUAAGUUUCUUGCCGGACAAGAGUCGGAAUUGCAGACCAUGAGUGGCAAGCCAUUUAAGACAAAUGUAAAAUUUGAAGGUGGUAAGAUAGUUGUGGAUUUCCCGAAUUACCAUCAUACUUCAGAGAUUGUUGAUGGGAAACUUGUUGAGACCUCUGUAGCUGGAGGAAUCACCUUCAAGAGGAUCAGUAAGAAAGUGGCAUAA